UCAAAGUAUCACGCGACCAUGUUCUUGGUUAAUCUAUAUCCAUUAUUAAAACAAGCAUUAUUUACAAAAGAUGAAACUAUAAGAAUUAUUGUCUGCAAAAUGGUAUACUUUGGAAGAUUUAUAUUUUUUAUGCGCUCGGAAAACUUAUUGUGCACAAGAAAUUGCUUAUUAAAUUUGUACCAAAAUGCCUCAAAAAGUGCAUUGAGUCAGUUAAAAGAAACAAUCUUGCCACCGAAACCAAAGAAGCCAGAAGCUGCGUUUUUUGUAUAUGUGAGACAUGUUAAAUCCAAAUUGGCUGAAGAAACACCUAAUAUAAAGUAUACAGAGAUAUUAAAGAGAGCAUCCAAGAAAUGGGCAGAAUUAAAUCAUACUGAAAAGCAAUAUUAUGUAAAUGUAUAUGUUAAAAAUUAUGAAGCAUAUAUGAAUAAAUUAAAAGAAUAUAAUAAUUCUAUUACCGACGAACAAAAAAAAUUAUGGAACAAAAAGAAAAAAGAAUAUAAACGAAAUAAUAGUGAAAUAUAUACUAAACGGAAAUAUGCAUUGCUUGGAAAACCGAAGAAACCACUAAAUGCAUAUCUUUGUUAUUUAACAUCAAAGAAAAUUGAAAAAGAUCCAAAUAUGACUAAUCAGGAAUGGGUAAAAUUAUUGACCACAAAUUGGAAAAAAUUAUCAGAUACAGAGAAGGAAUCAUAUUUCACUGAAUCUGCUCAACUUCGGAUACAAUACCUUAAGGAUUUAGAAAAUUGGGAGAUAGAAAUGAUAAAUUCUGGUCAUUUUGAUGUUGUGAGACCUACAAUUUUAACAAAAUAUAAGGUUACUAAAGAACAAGAAGAGAAAUAAAAAUUAAAGUGCUCUAUUCUAUUUUAAUUAAUCAUUUCUAUCCAAUAAAUUAACAGCAAUUUAUUUUAAUUAUAUUUAAUAAUGUUAUUACAUAUUUUGUAAGUUAAUGUGGCGAUAAUAGAAAAGUAUGUCGAAUCAUUCUGAAAUUGCAUAUAAUAAAAAUUUUAUAAACUUAUAAAUGAAUUUACUACACU